GAUGCUUAAAACCCAUUAAAAUAAUCAUUAUUAUAUACAGAAUCAAAAACUCGUAUGUUACAUUUCAGUUUUAUUUAUUAAUAAUGUUGAAGGAAAAAUGAAACAUUUAGCUGCACUUUAGCUUCUGAACUUCAGAUUUAGCUUAAUAUUGUAUGCAAAAUUUCAUUUUUUCCCCCCACAAUAAUAGGAUAAUUUCAAAUCAAUUGAUAAUUUACAGACCUUCUAGAGGUCAGUGUACCCCUUGUUGUUAGAUCCCUGGUGUACAUUUUUUUAACACCUGGACUAAAUUAAGUCUUUAAACCAAACGAUGAGGAUUAUGUUGAUCGGCGCCAGUCUAAUCAUCACUGAGCGCAGCAGUUUGAAUCAUCAUUAAAUGAUCCACAUUCACUGGAUCAGUACUUUUAGCAUUUUCCAUCCAUCUCUUCCCGUUCUCUUCCUCUCUCACUCUAUCGAUUCGUCUGUCUGACAGAAGCCUCCUCUCUCAAAGUCUCAGCUGCAGCUAAUAGGCUUUUUAUGGGAGUCUGUCAGACAAGAGUUAGUAGAGUGGAGUCCAGCACAUGCAAAGAGAAAUGAACACGCACGUAAACACACUCGCAUGCAUAUAAAACACAAUAGCACUCUCUUUCACACAUCUACCGAGACUGAUUGUGUCUGGAGCACUUAUGUAUGACUAUACCAAUAACUUCAUGACAAUCAUACUAUAUUUAGUAAUUCAUAGUGUCCUGAGAAGCUCUAUGCAGACUUAAGAUCUGAUGCAAAACCUACACGCUGUGUAUGACAACAGCAGAAAACUUUAUUACUUUUCUGCAUCUGUCUUUUCGUCUCUUUUCGCAUCCUGUUUUCGAUACUUUCCGGACUGAACGGUCAGCACACUUUCAUCUCUCUGGUGCGAUGAUGAAGGAAUCGGUAGAUGCAGAGAAAAAGAGGACUUUAAAAGACAAGGGAAGACAAGUUAUCGAUUGCGAUAGAGCGACGUGGAGAGACAAUUAAGGACGUUUAGUGGACACUGAGACGGCUGAGACAUCAUGGAGCUCGUCCCCAAAACCAAAUACACGCCCUUCAGGAGCGACUCCUUCAGCUCAACAGACGAGACGGCGUCCAAUCCCUCUCUCCCUUCUUCUGCUCCUCUCACCCCUCUCACCCCUCCUGGCGUCCCUCCUUCUCUCUCCUCCUCGUCCCUCACUCCCAUCCUCCCCCCUUCGUCUCCACGGCAGGCUGAAAACAGCCCCACCACCCUCUGCUCCUUUUUCCCUAGGAUGGGAGCCCUGCGGCUGGGUGUGUCUUCCACUCUGCUCCCAGGCCUGAAGGCCUCCAGCAGGCCGGCUAGCGUGCCGGGUGGUCAGGGAGGUUUGGGAGAGUCUCCGGAAGACACUCGGACCUCCACCGCCAACUCUUCUCCUCCUCCUCCUCUUCCUCUCCUUUCUCUAACAGCCCCAUCUCCUCCUCCUCGUCCCCCACAGGAUAUGAACCGGCUGGGUGGGGCCUCGCGGAGGGCCCGUGUGGAAGGGAGCCAGCUCGGCGGAGAUGAGUGGACGCGGCACGGAUCCUUCGUCAACAAGCCCACCCGAGGCUGGCUGCACUCGGACAAUGUGGUCAGCACAUCUGGGGUCUCCUACACUGUCAGGUAUAUGGGCUGCGUGGAGGUGCUGCAGUCAAUGAGAGCACUGGACUUCAACACCAGAACUCGGGUUACCAGAGAGGCAAUAUCAGUGGUGUGUGAGGCAGUACCAGGUGCCAAAGGAGCUCAGCGAAGGAGAAAGCCCUCCUCUCGUUCUCUCUCCUCCAUCUUAGGGAAGAGUAAUCUCCAGUUUGCAGGAAUGACAAUCAGCCUCACCGUGUCGACCAGCAGUCUGAACCUACUGGCAAUCGACUGCAAACAGAUUAUUGCGAACCAUCACAUGCAGUCCAUCUCUUUUGCAUCAGGAGGAGAUCCAGACACAGCAGAGUAUGUUGCCUACGUCGCCAAAGACCCUGUCAAUCAGAGAGCAUGUCAUAUCCUGGAAUGCUCAGAGGGCUUGGCUCAGGAGGUCAUCAGCACCAUCGGCCAGGCUUUUGAACUCCGCUUUAAACAGUACCUGAAGAAUCCCCCAAAACUGGUUACCCCUCAUGAUCGGAUGGCUCCUUUCGAUGGGUCGGCCUGGGAGGAAGAGGAAGAGAACCUGCCUCCACCCCCAGAGGUUCCGUAUUACAAUAACUUCCCCGGAAAACAGCCUCCCCCUGGAGGCAUGGUGGACAUGAGGACCCGUCCUGGACACAGUACAGGAGCCACGCUGCCCUAUGGACAGCCCAGCCAGAACGAUAUUCACAAGCAGCCUCUGCCUCCGCUACCAGUGGGUGUUAAGGAGGGAGGCUUGUUUGAUGACCCCUCAUAUGUCAAUGUGGAUAAACCCCGCCUCCCAGCGGCAGCAGCCAAUGGAAAUGCUCACAGAGAUGCAUUUGAUAUGAAGCCAUUUGAUGCUGCUUUAGGCGUGUCGGGUACAGUGGCGCCCCCUCUGGCAGAGCAGCUGCAAAACGAGUCCUGGUUCCACGGACCUCUAAGCCGCAGGCAGGCCGAAAGACUCCUGACCAAGGAUGGAGACUUCCUGGUGCGGGAGUCAGGCACCACACCAGGCCAGUACGUCCUCACUGGACAGCAGGGCGGCCAACCUAAACACCUGCUUCUGGUGGAUCCAGAGGGAGUGGUGCGCACCAAAGACCACCGCUUCGAGAGCGUCAGUCACUUGAUUAGCUAUCACAUGGACAACCGGCUGCCAAUCAUCUCGGCAGGAAGCGAGGUGUGUCUGCAGCAGCCAGUUGAUCGCCGAGCUUAAAAAAAAAAAAAAAGGCUGAUUUUUCUCCACCACACAUUUAAGAGAAAAAAAACUGCUCUCUUUCCUACUUUUUUGCCAGACUCUAUUAGAGAAAAAAAAAAAUUUCCAGUUGGGAGUGUAAGCUAAUCAUAUCUUCACAGAAACAUAGAAUUUUGUACCGCAUCAACCACCGGCCAUGAAAUUACAAAACGAUGCAAUCAUUCUACUCAAGGACAAAUGGACACGUCGCUUGAAAUAAGCGAAUACAAAAAGCCAAAUGAUGAGGCGUUUGAAAGAGAAACAGAUGCGUAAUGGAUGUGACAUCACUUCCCAAACACGACAUCAUGUCUUGAAUUAAGACUGGGGUGCACCUGUAACCAUGGCAACAGGCCCCGCAUUCUUAUUCGAGAGUUGAUGUGAAUGUACUAAAAUUGCAGAACCUUUGUAGCACUCUAAAGAUUCACAUCUAGUGCAAUGGGUGAAAUCCAAAGAGUUUGUUUUCAGAGAGCAUUUUGUUGCGGUCGUUUGGAAAUCUUGCAUUGCCGUGGUGUCAAGACUGUCUGAUGAAUAUGCAAAACUUUAAAGAGAAUCCAGAGCUCAUUCUCACGAUCACCUUCCGCAUCUAAUGAAUCACAUCCGUAAUUGCCACCGGAAUAUCUCUCUCCCAGUGUUCCCGCCAGGGGAUAACACACAAAAAUGCCUCUUAAUCUCAACCUCACAAUACCCUUUAUAGAAUUCCGAACAUGAUCCCCAAGAAAAAUUGGGAAUUUUGGUCAUUUGGGAAGACCCCUGAACAUAUGUGAACGCUUUAGCAGCACGGAUGCUGUGUGGAUUUUUCCUUAUGCAAAUAAGCAGACGCUGUGAGAGACUUAACGCGGCCCAUUAUGAGAUACAACAAACUAGUCUGUGGAAAAAGGGAACGUUCCCUUUCCACAUAACAUCAUAUAUCAGCUUGGGACAAAAGGAACGAGAGAAAAAGUGCAAUCAGUGGACAUGGGCGCGUAAGCCUGAAUAGGACUGAAGGACUGUAGUUUGAGCUCAGAUUAUUAAAGCCUUCUUAUGAUGUCAUUUUAACUAAGAUUUUAUAUAUUUGUUGCAAUGAUGUCAUCUCGAUCAGCUGACGACAUCAGGAUGGUUUUAUUCUGGGAAUUGGAGGUUCUAUUUUUCUUGUGGACGUUACUUCUGUUCGCAUUGACAAUCGAUCUUCACGUGUAUCGAGGUGUCAGCUGCUUCUGUUUGUUCGGAAUCUUGAGUUACAAGAGAAAGUGUAAGGAGGCUAUGAUGUGUGUUAUAAAACAUGUGCCCUUUUCAAAGAUUCACUAUAAUCACUUUGCAUUUGAACAACAUAUGUUGCAAGGGGACACACCAACCAAGAAGAGGAAAAGCACACCAAAUGAAUUCUGAACGUGUCUUUGCAGCCACAAGUGCAGUUUCUGUUGAAGCCACAAACAGGAAACCACUUUUUUCAUCUUUGUUUGCUCUGAUAUUGAUUGUGCCUUUUUUACCAAACACAGACACAUCGAUAAAACACAGUCGCCUUUUGUGAUUCUAUGGGUAAUCAUGACACUUUCUUUUCUGAAAGAAAAAAAAAAACUUAACAACUGUAAAGAUAAUCAAAUGCAAAAACGGCACAAGUUUAGCGAGGCUCAGUACAGGUCUUGGGAAAGCAGUCUUCAUUUUCUUCGGCACGUUAAUUCUGCUAUGCUAUUUUUGCUGUGCUUAGUUUAGUGCUGGUCUGUGGGUUAUAUAAAAACUUAGUAUAGCGUUAUGUUGCUUAAUUAAACUUACAUGUGUGAAUAAACACCCUCUUUUAUCUGUCAUUUAGAAACCGACAUUAGAUGCCCUGCAAGAGAACGUGUAAAUAAGCUUUGCCUAUGCUAAUAGCUGUCUAAAACCAGUCAUUCACUGUGUGGAUCUGUGACAAAUGAAUCCGUUGGGAAUUUGCAAACUCGCAGGAUUGUACUGGGUGAAAAAACCAUAAAGGUGUAAGAUUUGACAGGCUCUCCUGAAGACAACGCAAUCACAUUGUUUUUAUCACACAAGUCUA